GAAAGGAUCAAACUUUUGACUGUAAUGGUCUAUUCAAACAGAAAGCUGGUGGAUAUUUUUAAUGUUAUGGCGUAGGAUUAGUUUGGGAAGGAGAGGUGACUUGUGAAGGGCGGAGAGGCCAGUGUGGAAAUGGAAGAAGACUUGAAGGAUCCCCUCCAGCUGGUCAAGGAGUUGGUCCUGCUGAUUGUGGAGGCCAGGACCCCAGACCUGUCCAUCAAAGGGAGGGUGGAGGGCCCACACUGUCCCGUCAUUAGAGGACGUCCCGCACACAAGUGUAACGCAGAAAAGUUUGAGUGCUUGCGAGCCAGUGAGUUCUGUUACCUAGCAACCAGACUCUGGCAGAACAACAUCCCCAUCUGCCUGGACAUCCUCCUGUUCCCAGACUGCCCACACGGCAGGCAGGAGGCUCUGGUCAUAGAUGGCGCCGUGACCAGGUCCAGUACAGAGAGCUCCCUACUGGUGGAGAAGUGGAUCAUUGAUGGCUCGAAAAGACGGCAAGAUGAAGGCCUGUCGUCCAAUAUGCUGCUACAGGCUGUCAGGUCCUACCUGCAUUUCUCACAGAUCAGCUCCUGGCUCUACUCCAUUGGUGGCAAGUUGCCUGGUACCUUAGCCUACAGGGUGUAUGCACCAGGUGAAGACGCCAGCCUUGAAUUCCCCCAGCCACCAGACCUGCACAAAUUCCCCAUAUGCCACGCCCACCACAACGCCAUCACUGUCAGUGUCACAUCCUUGAGACGUCAGCAGAACGUACCCCAGAUUGUCUGCGGGAUAGAAGACCCAGCCCCCAGCCCCACCCAGGCUUGGGGCCCUGAAGACAUGGGAGACCCCCACUCCAAGGGAGGCUGGACACACAACGGCACCCAAGCUUCAAGCGUCACGCCUAAAGGAGGAAAAGUAAAAAUGAAAUCAGUCGCUUCAGGAGACAGCACUGCUCUGCCUUCAAAAAAAAGUCCCGAAUCUUUCAAAAAUCUGGAUAAGAAAAAUAUUUCUAAAACCUGCAGUGGGGAUGUGUCUAAAGGAAGUUUGUUGCUUCAAGCUAGAACUAAUGUCACAGGUUCCUUCAUGUCUUUAGGGCAGCAGCCCAGGAAAGAUAAGCCAAGGAGCCAGCAGGCGGCAUCUGGCGCCAGUGUGGCUGGGAAGUUCUCCAGUCUGGGUGCCGGGGACGGAGGCGACUGCUGGCACUUGACCAGCAUGAGAGAGUUUGUCAGGAAAUCUUUUGGUCAGUCUGUCGAAGCGGCGCCGGAGAGUCCACGCUGGGCGGACGCUUCCGGACAGGAAGUGGUGUGUGGGCACGAGUGUGUGGGGUCGGACAGGUCAGUCCAGUGUGGGGGAUCACCCCAGGCCAGGCAGCAGUUCGGUGAUAAAGUUGAUCUGAAUAAAAAGUUUGCGGCAAGCUUGAAGAACGAGGAAGUGGGUUUUAAUCUGGAUGGCAACAGGCGAAAGGGGGCUAGGGUUAAGAAAAAGGAUGGGGACAAAGACCUGCGGAUUGAGCAGAGGAAGCAGAGUAGAUCAUAUGACGACGGACAUGUCACGAAAGAAAGUGCUGUAUGUUUAGCGUGUGAAGCAGGGCAGAAGAGUCCUGAUGAUUCUCAAGCUUUCAUUCACAAAAAGAAAAAAGAGCUCUACAAAUUGCGGGAUAACUCUGAGAGAGCUAUGUUUCUGCCAUACAGUUCUGGGAAAGACAAGAGCUCAUGGCGCAGCAGACAAAGUGCCGGGAAUAUUUCCUCUGUCUACAACUGCCAUGAAGACAAUGGGUUUUUGCAUACCAAGAAAGGCAGACCUGGUCAUUUCAGGUCUAAGACAGAACCACAGACUUGCUAUAAUUUCUUGAAGAAGACUCCGAGCGACGGCUCUGACAAACAGAAAAAGCUGACCAUCUCACAGAGAGAAGCAAACGAAGAAGAAUUUAUCCGGAAACUUUCCGACCGCCUGUCUCUUGUUAACCUGUCGCCUGAGGAUCCGUGGCACCCUCGGACAGCCAAACAGCAGCACGUCCAGGAGCUGCUGGACUGUUCGGCUGUGUUGAGGAGUUCCAAAGACAGAAACCAGUGGUCAGUCCCGAAGAAAAUUCCCCAAACAAAACCCGGUGCCGGUAGAUUAAGUUCUAGCUCAGCCCUGGACAUGAACCCAGGAUACAAGACACCCCCUGCUGGGUCAUCUGUUCUGUCAGAGCUGUCCAUCUGUGUGACGUCGGAUUUGGCAGAGGAUUCUGACACGACGCCAGUGCCGUCACCCAAUGAGACGCCGCGCUCAAAGUCUGUCAGUGAGAGCCUGGUGAAGUCUGUGGCGGAGAAGACUGUCAGACAGAACUGGCACGACUACCAGCAGUCGCUCGCAGACAACCAACCCUCUCUAUACCUCUCUGACCAGGCUUCGAGAAGCCACGCCAACCAUGACGCCAACCAAACAACACAGACGACUUACAGACAAGAAACAUCUUGCCAACCUUCUUCCAGUCCAACUUUUCAUGGACAAGCAUUUCACCCAUCCCAACACAUCCCCAGCACAUCCUAUCAUAACACAUUUCAAGACAAGCAUCCCACAGACUUCUUUGACCAUCAGGACUACAACAAACAUUCACUCUUCAAAUCUAGCUUCACCCAGACAUCCAAUCACACAGAUCCUGAAGAUUUUGAGCCGUAUCUUUCUAAUCCAAGUUUUGAUCCCACCCCACACAGCACCACCUCCGGCGUCAAACAAACCUCCAGAAAAAUAUUUGAGGAGAAUCUGCUUCCCUUGGUCUCCUACGAUGCAGACAGCGACUCGUUUCAAAAAGUGGAGCAGAAUUCAAACAAGAACAUUCUCCACAGCCCUAAAGUUCUGUUCUCCUGUGACGUACCCAGCAGGAGUUCUGUCCCAUCUGGCAAGUGUAUUGAUUUCACUGAAACCUUGGAGUCGGAUUUUUUUAAGUCUAGAAUCUGUGACGUGGUCAGUCCGGAAGCGAUCGGCAGCUACUUGUCAAAUUUGUCAGCGUUGACAGUAGACGUUGAUGUGGUUGAUGAUGUGACGGACACGGAAAUUGUAAAAAAUGGCGCUCAAGCUUCAGACGGCUUUGACAAUGAUCAGGUGAUUAAAGCCAGCAACAGAACUCAUACGAAUGGAGAAAUUAAAAACUAUGACCAUGACUCCAAUCAUGAUAUAAAUAAAGAAACUAAAAACUAUGAUCAUGACUCAAAUCAUGAUGAUAGAUUUAGCAAAGUUUAUAAAGAACAUAGAAAACACGGGACUGGUGAACAUGAUGUGAAGGCUCGGCGACAGCUGAGUUAUUGCCCCUUCUUUGAUGAGAGUUCACCCCCUUUCUUUGACCAGUACCAAAAGUUCAAAUCACCAGACGGCAGUGACCAAACAGUAAAUGGAACCGACAUUCAUCAGUCCGAAACAGCCACACCAUCCCCAACGAUUUCAUCCUUAUCUUCUUCAUCGUCAUCAUCCUCUUCGUCAUCCAAUUCAUCUUUUCAUGCUGCACCUCAUUUGAACUGCUCCAUGCAGAAUGAGAAUUCUAAGAAAUACCAGACACUGAAUGAAACUGAAAUGAACAACAGACACAUAGCUAAAAGUAAAUCUCCACAAACAAAACAUCUGCAUCUUCAAAUCUCUUCCUUGGAGACCAGUGGUCUAGACCGAACCAGGGAAUCUCUUCACACGACUGUUCAAGAUACUCUAGCCACUCCAAGUGAAGCACUCACCAUUCCCCCACCACCCUCAACUUCGUCCAUUGCAAACAACAAAACGUGCCAUAAUCCCACUAGUCUUUCACUGGCUGGCCAAGUGCAGCCUUUAACUCAGGACAAAAUCAAACCUCAAGAAAUAUCUUACUCUGACCUUGACACCGCUACCUUGUGUGUGAGUAACAUUGAAGCACCUGCACCUCAUGACACCUACAUCAGCACAGACGAAAGUGCCGAGACUGUUCCAGAAUCUUCGCAGCUACCCGCUAUCAAACCAGACGUGUCUGAUACAGUGUUGUCUGAACCAGGAACAUCACCAUACCAUGAGCUCCUUUCACAAGCUGGUACAUCUUCAAAGGCAGCAUCCAACUGUGCAGUACUGACGCACGUCGUAUCACUGACACAGCAUGUCUCUUUGACAGCUUCACAGCCAGAUACAUCACCACCAUCAUUGACAGGACGCUUGUCAGAUCCACCAUCACUGGCAGGAUGCCUGCCAGAUCCACAGUUCCAAUCUAGUCUUUCAAAUAUCUGUGAUAACCAGGACAGAUCUUCCCCUGGUACCAAAACUCUUCCAUCUACUGACUCAAACAGUGACUCAACCCCAGAAACUGGUGUCUACACGGAUGAUGUAGCUGCAGCACUUCAUACCAGCUAUGUUACCACCACCUUGACCACAGCAAGCCUCUCUGGGGUUCCAGAAACCCAAGUCAGGUCAAAGGUCACCAUCUCAGACAAAGGUCACCCCCUGCCCAAACGUCCCAGCUCGUUAACUAAUGGCUACAAUUUAAACGACUGCUCUGACGCAAGCCCAUCCGGCCUUAACUCCAGCCUUGAUGGUGCAGACAUAACUAAUGAAAAAACACUGACCUUCACCUUGAGAGAUGGACUUGACCAGUGUCCCAGUGAAAUUGCCCCUGUGAUAAAAAUAACUGAAUCUCAGACCAAAUCCCCUGACCUGACUUCCUUUGCUCCGACCACAAAUCCUGACCUGACUUCCUUUACCCACAAUGCAAUAACCGAACAGACCGAUUUGAAGACAGAACCAAUCUUAGUGCCUUCUGAGCAGAAAACUGGUCCACUAUUGCUCAUACCUGACCAGCUGACCACCACAGAUCCCAAGGGUCAGUUAAACGCCUGCGACGGCUCAACCAAGGGUCAGUUAAACGCCUGCGACGGCUCAAGCAAGAGUCAGUUAAACGCAUGUGACGGCUCAACUCUCCAGCAUGGGAGGAGCCUGCAGAAUGAAAGCCUGAUCAGCAUGGUCAGCGAUGAUGAAACUUUUAACGACAACGAAGACGACCUUGCAGACCACGACGUGGUCUUCUAUUUGUCCGAGUCCAAAGAGAACAACGCGCAGGUCCACCCAGCGUUGUCCCAGUCAUCCAUGCUGUUAUCUGUACUCAGCUCACACCCACAGUCACUCAACCCGCCCAGGUCGACCAGCCUCUCUCUGGAAUACGACCUUGAGAUAAGGUCACGGACAACUCUGGGGACCUUCAGGGCUAAGGGCAAGAAUGUGGCCGAGCCCUUGUCUGGGUCGCCCCCACUGCAUGGCGACCCCCCGGGGUGGAGCUCAGUCCCACCCCACCGCACUGUAUCAACCCCCAGCUGUAUGGAUAGAGAGUCCCAAGUUCAGAGGUCACCAUCAAAGACAUCUGUGAUUACUACACCUAACUGUGAUAUGGCCAGUCAGCUUGGCUUACGUAAGUUGGCGGCCAGAAGUGCCUCCAUGAUCUUUAACAGCCGCACUGGUCUGCCAACCCAGUCUAGUCCAGCGCCACUGAAAAGAAAACCAGGAGGAAGCUUUGACUAUGACUCCAGUCUUAUCAACACCAGAGCUUUGAAAAGUGCAUUUUCAUGUUCGAAACUGUUGAUGAACUCUUCAGAAAAGAAGGAUGAAAAUGAGGAGGACAAGAAAAGAACACUAAGCACCAGUGCUCCGGCUUCAACCAACUGUUUGCUGGGGAACUUUGAGGAAUCUAUACUGAAUGGACGUAUCGACCCUGUGGGUACAGUCGAGGGAUUCACUGCGGAGAUUGGUGCCAGCGGUACCUUCUGUCCUAAACACCUGCAUCUACCUGUGUCAGCUUUUUUCUUCGCUCUCUCAGAGGACAACGCCCCCUCCCCCUAUUUGGGUCACAUAAACCUUGAAGCUGUCAGUAAAAAAGGUUAUCACAUCCCCAAGAAAGGAACUCUACAAGUGACCCUGUUCAACCCCAACAAAACUGUCGUCAAGAUGUUUGUCGUCAUGUACGACCUGUCAGACAUGCCAGCGUCGUCACAAACAUUCAUCCGGCAGCGCACGGUCUACAGCCCGACAGACGAGAACUCCAGCGCCCCCUCCUUCCUGCGGUACCUCAUUCAUCUCAGGUGUGCCAGCAGCAGAUCAGGUAAAGUCUACCUGCACACAGACAUCAGGCUGAUAUUUGCCAGGCAUAAGCUGGACAUUGAUGCCAAAAGUGUUCCGUACGAACUGAAAUCCUACACUGAGGGACCUCGCAAUCCGAAAUAUUCACCUAAAAAAUAAUAGUUUAAGUCUGUUUGCAGAGUUUGUGUGAUAGUUUCAGCUAAAUCAGCUGAGUUUGUGUCUUAAGCCUGGUGUGUGUAAAGGCAUUGCGAUUGUUUCAAAUUGAAUGUGGUAAAGACAUAUGAAAUACAUGAAUUGUUUGGAUAAAUUUAUUGACAUAAUAAGUGUUAUAGGUAUUUUAAGUGUGAAACUUUAUAUUAAAUUUGUCAAAGUGAAUGUUGACUUGGGAAUGUGGAAUAAAUAUAGAUACAGAAUAUGUACUAAGAAAUGUGAAAUGAAUGUAUGGAACUGUGGAAUAUGUACAAGGAAAUAUGGAAUAAAUAUAAAAAUGUGAAAUGUGUACAAGGAAAUGUGGAGUGUAAAAAGAAAUUUGGGUCAAAUGUGUACAAGUAAAUGUGGAAUAAAUAUAAAAAUGUGUACAUGCAAUCUGGAAUGUGUACAGGGAAAUGUGGGUGAAAAAUGUGUACAAGGAAAUGUGGAAUGUUUAUAAGGAAAUAUGGAAUAAAUAUAAAAAUGUGUACAAGAAAAUGUGGAAUGAAAGCACAGUCAUGUCCGUUUAUAGUGACUAUGCCACUAAGAUUGUUACAGUUAUUUUAAUUUUUUUUUCAAAUUAUUUUAAACUGUAGAAAUAUUUAUUAAAGCAAUACCCAACUUUAAAAAAUGUAUAUUAAUUUAUAAAUCAGAAAACAUGUUUAUAAUCAACUUAACGAAUGGUUUUGUAUUUUGAUUUUGCUGUGUCUAGCGUCCAGUUUAAUACUUGACCCACACAAACAUCAGUUGGUGAUCAGCCACACAUUAAAAAAGAAAUUAGGACAGGUAAAGACUAGGUUUAUAGUUAGGAUUAGUUUAAACAGUUCUUCUAAGAAGUAUCAUGAAAUAUUAGAUAUGCCUUAUCUAUAAGACACAAUAUCUGAUAGGUAGCAAUUGUUACCCUUACCAUUAUGUCUGGGGUAUAAAUUGUGGUAUAAACAAAAUUAAAAUAAUUAUCAUUGGUUGUUUUUUUUUUUAAUGAACAAACACUUUGAAUAAGAUUGGAUAGUUAGAAUAGCAAAUAUUGUAUUUACCAAGCAUUUUGGAACAUUUUCAAGAAUUCAUUUGAUUUUUUUUUU